AUGCUUUUCGACAAUGUCACAGUUCAUAAAAUACAAUAUGCCCUCACAGCAGUCAGGGAUACAAAUUAUAUUUGGAAUUUUGUGCGACGUUCAUAUGAUUAUAGACAAGUUGCUGCUUACAAAUUUAGGUUGAUUUUGUGCUCUUCAAAGAAGCGAAAAUUUCAUAUGAGUGAAGUCUGGCUGAUGUUUUUGGCAGCAUUGACGUCGCGAUUCCAAAUUGUAUCACAGUUUUAUACUGCAAUACAGCAUGUACUCUUCGCUUUGCUGUUGCUGUCUUUACAUUCUCCAAAUGUCGAAUGCUUUCAUUUAUUACAGCUAGUAAUAUAUUCAUUGAUGAAGCAGAUUUCCACCUUUUCAUCUUCAUCAUCAAUGGGUACUUUUGCCUUCUUUGUUCGGACACAGAUUGCUUGUAGGCAAUGCAUGUUUGGCUUGCUUACAGGAUGGGCACGUAAUCAUUUUCGUUGUUUUAUUAUCAGCUUUGAAUUCUUGGAGAGCCUUUUUGACAACGCUGGCUUAGACGAAGAAGCACUCAAAGAAUCAUUGUAUGCCAUUGGUAUUAGUGUGUGGGUAACUGGAGCAACGUAGAUGAUUUCUUGAUAGGUCUUAAUAAGAUAGUCUUACCUAUGUGCAGCUUGGGCCUUUAUAAGGCCCGUUCUGAGCUGGGAGGCGUUGUUUGUCUUUCCACUUUUGUCUAAAAGAAAGAAAGCAAAAAGGAAAAGAACACUGUGUGUUCUAUUGUAUAUCGCGUUCCUUUUUUUUUUUUUUU